GCUGAGUGGACCAGUCCGCUGAGUGGACCAGUCCGCUCAGCGGCCGUACUGGGGCUCCUGUCCUGCUUCCAGAAACACCUUGUGUCAGAGGAGAGGCCUCAGCCCGACAUGAACCUUGACAUGUGACACGUGUCACAGCUCUGAACAUGGAGAAGCUGACAAUAUCAAAAUGGAGAAAGGGAAUAAGAUUUAAAAUGCACAAACAUUAUUUUAAAAGACAACAUUUGAGAGUAAACAUUUUGUCAUGUUUAAAAAUAAAGAUAGAAUCAGUUACUGCAGUUUUAAAUACUUUUACUUCAAAGUUCAGAGAACUUCACCCUUCAUCAUUUAACAAUAAAAAAUAUGAAAACACUCUGAAUAAAAAUCUGCCACUGAUGCAGUUUAACAUUUAUCAUCAAUGAAACAUGCACAUAAAACAGCUCAUCUUUCAUUUCAUGUAACUUAACACAUUAUAUUAAUAUAUAUCAAUAUAUAUCAUAGUAAAAAAAUAUUUUCUUAAAUAAAAAGUCAAAGACGUUGUGAUGUAGCAGCUCUGCUCCUCCAGCAGGAGGCAGUGACGCAUCCCAGCUGCACACUGAGCAUGCGCAGGGACAUGAACCCGGAAGUGUGAGAGGUAAACAUGUCGAAGAUCCAGAUGUUGCAGCUGCUCAUCACGCAGCGACUCAGCGCGGCCGCGGAGGAAAUCUUCCGAGUGUUCGGGAGAACCAUCGCGGAGUACGAGGAGGAGAUCUCCCGCUCCAAGCGGGAGAUCGACCGCCAGAGGAGGCUGCUGGAUCUGAGCAGGAAGCCCCGGGUCGCGGUGCAGCUCAGCGGCGGAGCUCUUUGUGAGCAGCAGGACUGGAGGUUCAGUGUCGACCUGAACGAGAUGAAGUCUCCUCAGAUCAAAGAGGAGGACGAGGAGUCGUGGUCCACUCAGCAGGAGGAGACGCAGCAGACGAUGGAGCAGAAUGACGUGAAGCUGUUCCAGAGUGACGGAACCGAGGAGGAGGUCAACAACCACACGACUUCGUCAAUGUUCCAGAGACAGGAGGAGGAGGAGGAGGAGGAGGAGGAGGACCCUCGGCAAGGGACGUCAGUAGAGGAUGAAAAUCUGAGCUUGACUCAGCCGGAGCUGGACGCUCCUCUGUCCGAGGUGGUGGACUCGUACAUCUGCACCAUCUGUGGCCGAGCCUUCGCUCAGCGCGGCCACUGGGCCAAACACGUGCAGGUGCACCGGAGCGUCGACAGCAAAGUGGACAAGUCGUACACGUGUGACAUUUGCGGGAAGAGGCUGACGCGGUUCGACGGUUAUCAGAAGCACCUGAGGAUCCACACGGGCGAGAAGCCGUACUGCUGCGACGAGUGCGGCCGCAGGUUCAGCGACAACUCGAACUACAAGCGACACAUUCGCACACACGCUGGAGCGAUUCAGAGGAGAAGCCUCUAUUCAAACUUGGAGACUGAAAACUGAACAUCUCAUCAUUUCUCCUCUUCAAUCAGUGUGGACCACGUUUGACAUGUAAAUAAAUCUAAAGUUUUUUAUAUUUAUUAACAUGGACCAAGACACAGAUUCUUAUUUUUAUAACAGAAAUAAUUAAACAUUAAAACACUCAUCAGUGUUUGUUUAUUAAAGCCUGUGAUCAAUAACGAUUUUAUUUUCUCUGAGUCACAUUUAUGAUUUUAACUUUAACAGAACCACAGCUGCCUCGAGUGAACUGUUCCCUCUAGAACACUGAGAACAUCUGCAGCAGAUGUUCCCAGAUAAAAUCUCUGAUGCACCUUUUAAAGUUGAGGAACAGACUCGAUAUCUGAGAAGUUUGUUCAGUAAACGUCUUUGAAAGAAAACCUAAGAUAUUUCUCUUUACUUCAGACUUUAACUAGAUCUUACAACUCUCAUUACGAGUUACAUGGUUUUACAUUUAUCAUCUAUAUUGUAUUUAAAGCACUUCGAGCUGCUUUUCUUGUAUGAAAGGUGCUGUACAAAAAAGUUAAUUUAAAAUAGUUCACUCCGUGACGAGACAUUUCCUGACAGUCACAUGAGCGUUUAUUUACACUGAGACCAUUUCUACUGAAGGUUUCUAACGUUAAAUACACUGAAUCUGAAAACUCAAAUCUCAUGCUUCACAUCCUGAAACGGGGUCUGAUCCAUUCACCUUCAAGACCGUCAGGAAACUAAAUGUUUGUAGGAUGAGACGUACAGAAAAGUCCUGAGGACAUUCAGGCCUCCAUCAGUUUCUGCUGCUCACUUGAAAUUUAUUCAGACAUUAAAAACUCUUCAGGAACUCAUGGACACACCAGAGACUGAAACUGUUUUCAGUCCUGAUUCGAAGUCCUGACAUGUUUCUGACACGUUUGGAUGUUCUCAGUAACAUGUGUGUAACAUGUCAGAGUCCAUGUGAGGAACCAGCAGGACAAUGUGUGGAAGCUUCCCAGUGAGCGAGUGGACGUGUGGAUGAGGUUUCUAACACGUGACGUGAAACUGGAAGAACACAAAGAUCUCAGGAUGAAGAAGAGGAGCCGGACACGUAGAAGAUGAAGACGUCCACUUGGAAACACGAGGAGAUUCCAGAUCUUCUGGUGAUGAGGGCCGACUCCGGUGUGGACGAGCUGUAAACAACAACACUGAUCUGUCCACAGCAGAGUUUAAACAUCAUGUCCCGCCUCCUGCUGCUCUACAGGCUCCGCCCCUCACCUGGAUGUUCCUGUUUGAACGAGUCGGACCCGACAACCUGCUGCUGCUGCUUCACAAACACUAGCUACACAACAUAUCCGGAUGAUAUUUUACAGUUUGUGUGUGUAAACACACUCCCUUCAGUGGUUACCAGUGACUCCCACAUCCAGGACAUGGUCAGACCUUACAGCCCAGCCCGUCCACUCCGCAUUGGCCAAUCAGCUGGAUAGAAAGGAUAUGAAAUGUAAAACAGACUUUAUCAGAGGAUCCAGGACUUUCACCCAAACCCUCCCAGCCCCUGGGCCCCCAGAGGUCCCUACAUCUCCUGGAGCUAAGGACCAGAACCCAUGAGACCCUCAGCAUCUUCUGUCUAUGAACGAGAACAUCACUGAUUUCAGAUGAAACACGUUAAACUACGGUUGUGUUGACUGCCUAAAAUUAUGUUUAUUGCUUAUUUUCUUACUUUAAACAAGACAAAAAACAUUGAGCAGAACUUUAUGAACCGACUCAACUUCGUCUAUUGUCUCUGGACUUCAGAACGUCACUUUAGAAACCAGGAGAGAGAAAAUGCUUUGAAGAAAAGAUCAAACUUUACAAACGUUUAUUGAAGCUGAUUUAUGAAAAAGUCUGCUCUGAGGUUAAAGAGACAACUGAAAUCGUUUGAGGUAAAUUAGUCAUUUUAAUUGAUUUUAAGGAUCAAUUGAACUAAUUCAACAAAAAUGAAUUGAAUGAAUCACGUUUGAUCUCACUUCUCCUUCUCUCGUUGACAUGUUGGUUCAUUAAAGUCUUUCAAACUUCACAA